CUUCAAUAACUUGCAACUUGUUCAACCAGCGGGGGCACUUAACGCAAAAUUGCCAGACACUAUGCCACGAAGCAGCCCUGUCAUUGCCAUAUAUGAUAGCAGACUCUUCUACGAUGCACAAGCUUCGGAUACCGAGACGAUUGACGAAGGUUCUAUUGAGGGGGAAAUUGAGAUAAGUCGUCCAAUGGCUGAUCAAUGGAGCGAAACAACAUAUGCCACCGUCCUUCGGCAACGUGUAAACCGGACUCACACAUCCUUCCACAACUCCUUUCCAGUUGUCAAGUCUAUAUGGUUAGGGCAGGUAGAACUCGAGCGAGAACAUCUCGAUAACGGACUAAUGCCGGAACGAAAGAUGGAACACAUCAGGCAUGCCAUAACGCCGGGUUCUAUCUCAAGUGAAACCAUUUACAGUACAGACACAUUUGUGCCAAGACAGCCCCCUCGAACAUACAUUGAUCGCGUCGUUCAAGGCUCCGUAGACGAAGACGGACAGAAAUCAAUUAAUACAGUUAACCAAGGUGUACCAGUACGACAGGAAAGUACAACAUCUCACACGAAUUCUAGGCUGGCUGAGCAGAAUCGUUUGAAUAGAACGACGCAACAUUUGAAAUCACAGGUGUGUCCGGCUUCUCCCAUAGACUCUGGACGAAUCAUUUCUUCGCGAACAAAUGAAAAGCCUCGCUGCUCUGCAUGCCAGAAGGUUGUCUAUCCACUUGAAAGCCUCCACGUGAUGGAUCGCAUCUUUCACAAAUAUUGUUUUCGAUGUCGCAAAUGCCAGCGAACUCUCAGAUCGUCCUCGUCCGCUUGUNCAGAGCCCGCUGUUCAGUCCAGUACUCCGGCUGAAACGGCCAAAGAUCGUCCUCGUCCGCUUGUUACUCAGACAUUAGUAGCCAAAUUCCAACAAAUGAGCGACCUUUCAAAGUCCAGUCACGAUAUACGACAGGGAGAACCGCUCGCGAUUCCAAGGCCUAUGAGCCUUACUCCCGAGAACACUACCAGAGCGGUACGUGCAAGGAGUUUGUCCCUUGGAAAGCACACUAUUCCUACACCAUUCUUGCAAGCAUCCAACCUGAAGGUUCAUAAGGAAGUGCCGUGAGUCACCACUACACUUGUAUCACAUAUAACAGUAACAGAACUGAAUGAAU